UUUGUAAUCUCCGAUAGAAUCUGUCUUCAAUAGCCAGCAUCCUGCGUAUAAACCACUCAAAGAUGUAUCCUAAGGAAUGGAUCCUAAUAUAUCGAUUAUAUUCUGCCUUUAUUUCAGAAGUCUAUCCUCUCAUCCAUCGCUAAUCUACAAUGGCCGAGGAAGGCAUCACUGCCGGAGGUGUGAUGGAUGUCAACACGGCUCUGCCUGAAGUGCUGAAGACCGCACUCAUCCACGACGGUCUGGCCCGUGGUAUCCGUGAGGCCGCCAAGGCCCUCGACAAGCGCCAGGCUCAUCUUUGCGUCCUGGCAUCAAACUGUGACGAGCCCAUGUACGUCAAGCUGGUGGAGGCUCUCUGUGCCGAGCAUCAGAUCAACCUCAUCAAGGUUGAUGACAAUAAGAAGCUUGGUGAGUGGGUUGGUUUGUGCAAGAUCGACAGAGAGGGCAAACCCCGCAAGGUGGUGGGCUGCAGCUGUGUAGUCAUUAAGGACUAUGGCAAAGAGUCCCAGGCUAAGGACGUCAUUGAGGAGUACUUCAAAUCUAAGAAAUAAGGCGCCAAAUAAAAGAUCUUUUGGAAAUGUUA